AGCGGCGAGGCCAGGCCCGGCCAGGCCCGCGCUCCCUCCCUUUCCCUGGGCGCUGGCGGUUUAGGGGAAAAACCUGAUACAUCCUGAAAAUGUUUAACAAAUCCUUCGGAACUCCAUUUGGAGGCAGCACUGGCUUUGGGACAACUUCAACUUUUGGACAAAAUGCUGGCUUUGGUACUACAAGUGGAGGAGCGUUUGGAACAUCAGCCUUUGGGUCGAACAAUAAUACUGGAGGCCUCUUUGGGAGUACGCAGACAAAACCAGGAGGAUUGUUUGGUUCAACUACAUUUAAUCAGCCAGCCACCUCCUCCACAAGCACUGGCUUUGGGUUUGGAACGUCAACUGGGACAUCAAAUAGCCUGUUUGGAACUACCAGCACUGGUGGAGGCCUCUUCUCAUCCCAAAAUAAUGCCUUUGCACAGAAUAAGCCAGCGGGGUUUGGAAACUUUGGAACUAGUACCAGCAGCGGAGGUCUCUUUGGAACCACUAACACUACUUCCAAUCCUUUUGGGAGUACAUCUGGCUCUCUUUUUGGCCCGACUAGUUUUACCGCUGCUCCAACUGGCACGACUAUUAAGUUUAAUCCACCAACCGGUACAGAUACUAUGGUAAAAUCUGGAGUUAGCACUAACAUCAAUACCAAGCACCAAUGUAUUACUGCUAUGAAGGAAUAUGAAAGCAAAUCUCUCGAGGAACUCCGUUUAGAAGACUACCAGGCAAAUAGGAAAGGGCCCUCAAAUCCUGUAGGAGCAGGAGCAGCUGCAGGCUUGUUUGGGUCUUCUACUGCUACAUCAAGUACAGCUACAGGACUUUUUGGCUCUUCUACUACUAAUACAGGCUUUUCAUAUGGACAGAAUAAAACUGCUUUUGGAACCAGUACGACUGGCUUUGGAACAGGAACAACAGGGGGUCUUUUUGGUCAGCAAUCUCAAACUACAAGUCUGUUUAACAAACCAUUUGGUCAGGCCACAACAACGCAGAACACUGGCUUUUCUUUUGGGAAUACGACUCUAGGGCAGCCGAACACGAACACAAUGGGUCUCUUUGGGGUAACCCAGCCCUCACAGCCUGGAGGCCUUUUUGGAACAGCUGCCAAUACAAAUGCUGGUACUGGAUUUGGAACCGGAACUGGUCUUUUUGGACAAGCUAACACAGGAUUUGGUGUUGGCAGUUCGACCCUGUUUGGUAACAAGCCUGCUGGAUUUGGAACCACCACGACCAGUGCUCCCUCGUUUGGUACAACCACUGGCGGCGGGCUCUUUGGUUUUGGUGCCAACACUGCUGGAAGUAAUUUGUUUGGAAAUAAGCCUGCAACUGGGACGCUGGGAACUGGACUUGGAACAGGGUUUGGGACAGCUCUUGGGGCAGGACAGACUUCUUUAUUUGGAAACACCCAGCCUAAACUUGGUGGAACACUAGGAACGGGAGCAUUUGGCGCACCAGGAUUCAAUACAUCAACAGCUACGCUGGGCUUUGGAGCCCCUCAGCCUGCUGUAGCACUGACAGACCCAAAUGCAUCAGCUGCCCAGCAAGCCGUCCUUCAGCAGCAUCUCAAUAGCUUGACUUAUUCACCCUUUGGAGAUUCUCCACUGUUCAGAAACCCCAUGUCAGACCCAAAGAAGAAAGAAGAGAGGCUGAAACCAACUAACCCAGCAGCUCAGAAGGCCUUAACAACACCCACCCACUACAAACUGACUCCGCGUCCAGCGACCAGAGUGCGACCAAAAGCUUUGCAGUCGGCUGGCUCUGCUAAAUCUCAUCUCUUUGAUGGUCUUGAUGAUGACGAGCCAUCCCUAUCCAAUGGUGCAUUCAUGCCAAAGAAGAGCAUCAAAAAGCUGGUUUUGAAGAAUCUCAACAGUAGCAAUCUGUUCUCGCCUGUUAAUCGUGAAAAUGAAGACCUGGCUUCUCCAUCGGAGUAUCCAGAGAAUGGAGAUCGGUUCUUUUUGUCAGUACCUCCCGAUGAAAACCACAGACAAGAUGGUGAGCGGGAGGAGGAGGAGGAUCAUCAUGAAGUGACUAGGUUUUACACUAACCCCAUUGCCAAGCCCAUCCCACAGACCCCAGAGAAUACUGUGCACAAACACCAGAACAGUGUGGAUGAUACCAUUGUGGCUCUGAAUAUGCGGGUGGCCUUGCGAAAUGGUCUGGAAGGCAGCAGCGAAGAUGCCUCAUUUCAUGAUGAUUCCCUUCAGGAUGAGCGCGAAGAGGAGCCUGAAACUGUGCAUCAUCUGCAUCCUGCAGGAAUUGUUCUAACAAGAGCUGGCUAUUACACCAUCCCGUCCAUGGAGGAGCUAGCUAGAUUUACCAAUGACAGAAAUGAAUGUAUUGUGACAGACUUCACCAUAGGCCGCAAAGGUUAUGGAUCAAUUUACUUUGAAGGAGAAGUAAAUCUAACUAACUUAAAUCUGGAUGACAUUGUACAUAUCCGUAGAAAAGAAGUUAUUGUUUACCCUGACGAUGAAAGAAAACCACCUAUUGGUGAAGGUUUAAAUAGACGAGCUGAAGUUACCUUAGAUGGAGUCUGGCCUACAGAUAAAACAUCUCGUUGCCUGAUAAAAAGCCCUGAACGACUGGCAGAGAUGAAUUAUGAAGGUAGACUGGAGUCUGUAUCUCGGAAGCAGGGCGCUCGAUUCAAGGAAUACCGCCCAGAGACUGGAUCUUGGGUGUUUAAGGUGGCACACUUUUCCAAGUACGGCUUGCAAGAUUCAGAUGAGGAAGAGGAAGAGCAUCCUUCAAAAGUGGACACAAAGAAGUUAAAAACUACACCUGUGCCGCCCCCAGGGCAUCUGCCGCCCCAGCAAAUGACCCUGAAUGGCAAGCCAACACCUCCAUCUCAGACCCCAGAAGUGGAGCAGCUGGGCAGGGUUGUGGAACUGGACAGUGAUAUGGCAGACAUCACCCAGGAGCCUCCCCAGGAGUCCAUUGUAGAAGACAACAUGAUAGAAGAGCAGGAGGCAGUGCCUGCUUCAGCACACAUCGCGUCGACCCUGGGUAUUAACCCCCAUGUCUUGCAGAUUAUGAAAGCUUCCUUGCUUGCUGAUGAAGAUGACCUAGACUUGAUCCUGGAUCAUUAUCCUGGGAAGCAACCUGUAAAAACGGAUACUUCUCAAGAGAUCUGUUCUCCAAGGCUCCCUAUUUCAAAAUCACAAGGACAGAAAAGAUACUCAGUUGGUGGGCUGCUGCAAUCCAAAUUUGCGAACGUCAUUUUCCAGCCACCGAGUGCUGCUCUGCAAGAUUUCAAGGGACCAAGGACUUUGAGCAGUCCCCCUUCUGUUGCCCUUUGGUCGGCGACUUCUCCGUUAGCGUCUGUGUUCUCUGUGCCUCCGUCAGUCCCUGAAGUACAGAUGAAAACAGUUGGUGUCCGCAGACAGCAGGGGCUUGUACCUCUGGAAAAGUCCAUCGCCUACGGAAAAGGGAAGCUACUGAUGGAUAUGGCACUCUUCAUGGGGCGCUCAUUUCGUGUUGGUUGGGGACCCAACUGGACACUUGUCAAUUGUGGAGAUCAGUUGAGUGGAUCAAGUGACAUGGAAGAUCUUCAGUGUGAGUCUGUGGAAUACGGAUUCCUGCCAACUCCUGUUGCUCCAAAAUCACUCUCAGAAUCCUCUUUCAAGGUUCAUGUGGAGAAGCUGAGCUUAGAACAACGGAAGAUGGACAGAGACAAACAGCUGUAUCUCAUCCCUCUGGAGAUAAAGCUGAAACACAGCACUGUCCAUAUGGAUGAACACUGUCCUCUUCUAGCACCCAACCCAGGAGUUUCUGCUAUUCACGACUAUGCUGACUGGGUUAGGAAGGCAUCCGAGGAUCCUGCUGUGACAGAAACUGUUGUGAAGCACUGGUGCUUGGCAUGGACUUUAUGUGAAGCGAUUUGGGGGAACCUGAAAGAGUUAGAGGCCAGCUUGGAGGAACCCAGUGAAUACAUUCUGGCCCUGGAGCGCAGGAAAGCCUUCUCUCGCUGGCUGUCAGAGACUGCUGCAGGACGAAUUGAGGAGGAAGUCUCUUUGUCCCGACAUGGUAAUCACGUAGAGGCUGUGUUCAGCUGCCUUACUGGGAAGAGAAUUGGUGAAGCUUGCAGGCUGGCACAGCAGUCAGGCGACCACAGGCUUGCUCUGCUCCUCUCCCAGCUGGCCGGUAGCCAGCCCAUUCGGGACCUCCUCACCAUGCAGCUGGUGGACUGGCACAGGCUGCAGGCGGACUGCUUCAUCCAGGAAGAGAGAUUGCGGAUCUUUGCCCUGCUUGCAGGAAAGCCUGUGUGGCAGUUAUCGGAGAGAAUAAGUAUCAAUGUGUGCUCACUGCUGGACUGGAAGCGUUGCAUGGCUGUCCACCUCUGGUACCUGCUUCCUCCAACAGCUUCUAUUUCCAAGGCACUUGCCAUGUACGAGUCAGCGUUUCAGAACACACCAGAGUGUGAAAAGUAUGCCUGCUGUCCCCUGCCUCCUUACCUAGAAGAUUCUGGUUGUGUAAUUGAAGAAGACGAUAAUGCAGGAAGGCCUCUGAGAGAUGUCUGUUUCCAUUUGUUAAAGCUCUACAGUAACAGGCGCUAUGAUCUUGACCAGCUGCUUGAUCCCAGGAGCAUAACGUCUGACCCUCUGGACUAUCGUCUCAGUUGGCACCUGUGGGAAGUGCUCAGAGCCCUGAAUUACACUCAUCUAUUCAAGCAGAGUCAAGGAGUGCUGAACGCUAGCUACGCUGCCCAGCUUGAAAGCGAAGGGCUUUGGGAAUGGGCUGUUUUUAUACUGCUGCAUGAGCCUGAUACGCACAUACGGGAGAAGGCAGUGCGUGAACUCCUAAACCGACACUGCGUUCUCUCUGAGACACCGGAGUCUUGGGCCAAGGAGGCUUUUCUGACGCAGAGGCUCUGUGUCCCCCCAGAGUGGAUUCAUGAAGCAAAGGCAGUUCGAGCAAGGAUGGAGGGCGACAAGCAUAAAGAAGCCCUCUUCUUGUUCAAGGCUGGGCACUGGAACCAGUGUCACAAGCUGGUUGUCAGGCACUUAGCCUCAGAUGCUAUUAUUAAUGAAAACUACAAGUACCUAAAAGGAUUCCUGGAAGAUCUUGCCCCUCCAGAGCGUAGUGCACUCAUCCAGGACUGGGAGAUGGCGGGGCUGGUCUACCUAGAUUACAUCCGUGUUAUUGAGAUGCUCGAUAGGAUUCAACAGCUGGAUUGUUCCACCUACGAGCUGGAGCGGUUACAUACCAAAGUGACGUCGCUGUGCAACAGGAUAGAGCAGAUCCAGUGCCACAGCGCGAAGGACCGCCUGGCUCAGUCAGACAUGGCCAAGCGCGUUGCUAACCUGCUGCGGGUGGUCCUCAGCCUGCAGCACGCCCCAGAGCCCAUCUCCGACUCCACGCCUGACGUGCAGCGCGUCCCGCUUCGCCUGCUCGCUCCCCACAUCGGACGGCUGCCUAUGCCGGAGGACUAUGCCUUGGAGGAGCUCCGCAGCCUCACCCAGUCUUACCUACGGGAGCUGACAGUAGUGACUCAUUGAGGAAGAAUCCCUUCCACCGAUGGAUGGACAGUUUUUACCGUUUGUUAACCCUUACCCUUGUUCUGAGGGCGAACAACCUCUCUAGCCACGCAGGUUUUUCCAUAGAGGUGUAAAACAGCUUUAGUAUGUGGGCUAACGCAGGAAUUUUUGUAACCUGGGGGAGCAUUGAGACUGGUUGGACCUUGCUGGCUGGCACCCUCAACCACACAACAUUUUCCUAGAAUCAAUAAAGCACCUCUUGCCGAACCUGUCUGCAGGUGAGAUUGUACCUGUGGAGGGGGGCACGGUGUGGGCUUCGGCUCCUGGCAGAGCCUUUUCGCUCCUUUCCUUGCGGCGCAGAGGAUGGUGAAGCAAGUUCUGGGACCGUUUCCCGUGGGCAGACUCCCGCUUUGGUGGGACUGCGCUUGGUAAACCGAUGAACCUUUGGCACCUGAACUGACCACGGAUAAGCUUUAACUGGGGCUUUUUUGCUCUGUGGGUGGGGGAGGGAGAAGAAACUUAAGUGCAGAAGUGUCUUUUCCUGCAUUCUCUUGCUAAGUUGGAGACCUGCCAACGUGCUGUUUUCUCUCAUUGCUCCAUCCUCCGUCUCCAAAAGCAAAGCAAGCUCCUUCCCGGCCUCAGGAGAAAGGGAGGUGACACCUGUGUGUGUGCCUUACGGCGAGCUCUGCGCCGUGCAGGCCUCCGAGGACGGACAUCUCCUGGGUCCCGCACGCGGUAAAACGCAGCAGCUUUGUCCUAACAGUUGCCGCGUUCCGGGACUCCAGGCUUCUGACGGGAGGGGGCAAAUUCUGCCCCGAAAGCAAAACUGCCAAAAGAGGUCACCUGCCCAAGGAGCAGAGCAGCCCGGCUGCCCAGGCACGUCGGACUGCCUCUUCGCCGCCGGACGGCUGCCCGGGGUACGUGUAGGGGUACACGCAGCCGCACGCUGCCACGCGUGCGAGUGCCCGGCGCACGCCGUCGUCUCUGUCUUUGCUGUGUAGCUGGGUUGCAUCGAGCGGAGCCGCCAUCCAGCCUAAGAACACCCCGCAAGCGAACAGCCGACCACGUCAACGUGCGCUGGUGUGUACAGCCUUUGCUCUUAACUGUCUUUAGAAACCGACUAUUUUUGGAAGAAGGGAGGGAAAAAAAAAAAAAGCUGUCUCUCGGUCUGCUCUGAUUUCAGGGUUGCUGCAGCGGCACCUCCUGCCACAGCCGGCCAGCCACUGCUCGCAGUGGCCAGCGGCUUCCAGCCUGCCGGGUGCUGCUUCGCAUUGGCUCACUGAAGGUCUUUAUGCAUGAGGAUUAUGUAAAGGUUUUUAUU